CCCGACGCGACUCGAUAGCGCGCAUCGACGUAAUCGCCGAAGCUUAAUCGUCGCCCGCGCUCGACACAGGAAAAGACCAAGACGAAGAAGAAAAGGCGCAGGUGCGGGCAAAGCACCGUCGCAGCAAUCGACCAGCGACGCCGGCCUGGGCGCCUCGCAUCCUAUCGUUGGACCUCUUCGCGCUGGGCUUGCAGGCUCGUUUGCGACAGCCGCCGCUGCGCCGUGGGCCUCGCUCGUCUCCGUCGCCUCUUUCGCCGUCUCUUUCGCCGUCUCUUUCGCCGUCUCUUUCGCCGUCGCCUUCUUCUUGCCCGUCGCGUCGGGCAGCCCGCAAAGAAGCAACUCGGGGCCUGUGGACCAACGGCCUGUCGCGCACGCCCUUCCCACGGCCUAUAUCCAUGGCCUUUUAUUGGCAUUAGCGCGCCCGCGAUUCAUCAUUGCGCCCUCAUGGCACGCUGAUCGGCCGAGAAAGCAGCUGAGAGCGUCUUGUCGCGGAGAACCAUGCAGGUCGACUUUGGCGACGAGGGACCGACGGAGCACUCUCUCCUGACAGCAAACGCCCACGCCCACGCUCACGCCCACGCCCACGGCCACAGCCACGCCCACGCCCACUACGAGCACCCGGCGCCCGGCAGCGGCCCCGCCUACUCGCCCUUCCGCCAUCCCUCCAACGGCGGCGGCAGCGCGAGCACCAGCGCUGGAGGAGGCGUGCCAGCGAUUGACCCGGGACUGGACCAGAGCACAGGUGCCAGCCGCAAUGUGCACACGCCCAUGUCGGCCGUCCCCCACCAGGCACAGUCAGGCCAUCUACUUCAGCCCGACAAUGCCAGUCAUCUUCCCCACGGCUUCUAUGGCGACAUGCGCAACUCGCAGACUCCCCCCGCCUCUGCGAAUGCCUCGCCGCGCUUCUCCGCCAUCUCGCCCACCAGCCAGCCGCGCCAGCCAACAGCCAACUUCGAGCCCGCCGACCGCGACCCUCCCCCGCGCGACGUCUCGGACGACUCGAUUGACAAUGCCUACGCCGCCUUCAUCCUCUACUGCAACCCAAACUUCCCCACCACCACCGACACGAGCGAGCUGGUCAAGCUGUUCAGGACACCCCCCAAGAGCGACGGCAACGCAUUCAGCACAUGGGCCCUCUUUGAGCUGAUCCGCAAGUUUGACGCAAAAGAAAUAAAGACAUGGACACAGCUGGCGCUGGAUCUGGGCGUAAAGCCCCCCAACACAGACGAGGGACAGAGCACGCAAAAAGUGCAGCAGUACUCUGUUAGGUUAAAGCGAUGGAUGCGCGCUAUGCACAUUGAUGCAUUUUUUGAAUAUCUGCUCGGCAAGCAACACCCCUACUUCCUGCAGAUACCACCACCGCACAAUCCCUUCCCAAGCGAAGGGCGUGACGGCGUGCCGCUAGAGGAAGACUUGGCCAUCAGGGCGUUAGAUCCAAAGUUCAAGCCCAAGCGUGGACGCCGGAAAGCCGAAGAUGGAGAGGAUGAUAUCGACUUUGACGAGGGCACACCAGCUCGCAAACGGCCUCAGCUUGAUACCUCUGUGGCAUUUGGCAAUGUAUUGCAGCCGCAGUCAGCAUAUCCGACGAGCGCUCACCCAAAUAACAUACACGGAGGCUUCCUGACGCCACAAGAUCCAUGGACUGCAGUCUCAACCGUCACUCCGUCCUCUGCCAACACUGCGGCCUCGGCUCCCAGUCGUCUAGGGCAGAGUGGGCUUACUCCGUAUACAUAUUCCCCAAUGGCAGGACAUCAUACACGGUGGCGUGUAAAUGCGCAAGAUACGCCUCACACACCUCAUCCGCUUUCUGCUGUGACCCCGCAGUCUGCUUAUCCGUUUUUUGACGAACCCCAAUCUGCAGUCACUCCCUCAAGUACAAGGUCGCGCUCUCGUCGGCGUCACGGUCCUGCUGUAUCGUCGGCAUGGUCAUCCAACACCGGCUCCUCCACGGGCAAGCUGCGCGGCCGGCCUCCCAGUAAUCGCUCAAUCAAAGAUGGGCCAUUUGUGACAUUUCCAGCGAACCCCAAGACUAAAGAAGGACCGCCAAUUGACCGGAACCCAAGCAAUCUGACGCCCAUUGUCGAGCGAGCGCACUCAGACCCUCCGGCCCCAGAGAACUCUGUUCGUUUCCCGCCUACACCAGCGUCUGCCGUUGCUCCAUCCAAGAUUGAUGGACCACCCGUGGGAAGUGCGCCACAGAAGCAGCGACUGAGUCUUCAGGUUCCACCCAAUGUCGGCAAUCCUGUAGUACGGAUGACCACGCCUACUGUACUCGUCAACGGAUUGGAGAAUGAUUCCCCCAGCACUGGACUAGGGCCGUCUCCUGUAAGCGCUGCCUCUGCGCAAGUCUCGUCUGCGAAUGCAUACGAGCAACAAAACAUGUACGAUAAACAACACCGUCCAACACAUCAGACGUAUCACGGGGCUCUCACGCCGUCCGAGACGCCCGCGCAACCGCGACCGCCGCCACCAACACGCUCACAGACAGAACCAGAGCUUUCAACAUCAUCCCAACUCCCGUCAGCAGUCCCGUUAGAGACGCUGAACCGCGCGCUAGCUGCCGAACUAAUACGCGCCCCCUUGACUGGUCGACGGAAGCGCCUGCGAGGCAACGAAGCCAAGACACUCGCUUCCGCCAUCCUGCAGCCCCUCUAUGCCAAGCCCACACCUGGCACAACAUCGCCAGCCAAAGUGAUGAACGACUACGCGCUCAGCAUCGCCAUCAGCAGUUGUCUCGGUCUCGCCGGCACUGUUGGCGUGGGUACUGGCGGGCCCACAGGAGGCGUCCGACGCGUUGAAUGCAUACGCUUCCGCGUGGGCGGCGACGGCUACGAGUCGCCCAUUGACGAUGACGACGACGACACUACCACCAACAAUAACAACACUAACAACAAUAACCAAGACGAAUCAGAUUCCCUGUCUCGAAGUAGCGCAAACAUCAAAGAAACAUUCGACGUCUUUUUCGCUGUUUCCUUUGGUGGCCUAACGGGAGAAUGGAUAGCAAAAGGUCUUGACAUUAACAAUUCAUCCAAAUCCAGUGCCGACGGCGACAAUGCCCCGAGAGACUUGUCACAAUUUGACAACACCGAAGCAGCGCCUGGUGCGUGGAAAAACAAGUUUCUGGAUGCGCAGCAGAAGCUCUGGGAAACGCAGGAUGAAGUCAAGAUGCUCAAAGAGAGGAUUUUGGAGACUGUGCUUUAGACGUUCAUCAUCAUCAUCACCAUCGUCUUCGUCUUCUUCGUCUUCGUCUCUUUUUUUUGCAGUUUUUCUUUAUUCCUGCUCUCCUUAUCAAAGUCUCUCUCUCUCGCCAUUUUCCCACGACGCCGAGUGUGCGACAAGGCGGAAGCAAGACCACGGAACCAGGGGAGAGACGGUGCAGUAUAUAAAUUGCGGCAUGGAUGGGAUGCAUGGAUGGAUGCAUGGGGUAUAUAUGGAAACAUCCGUUUCUUGUUGGAUUUUGCACUUGGAUCGCGGGUAUCUCGGCGUAUAUGGGGAGGUUUUUGAUGAGCUUGUACGUGUGUGUAUGUAUGUGUGUGUGGACUAC